AUGACGCCGGAGAUCGAAUUAGGAAUAUUAGGGCUUAGGGCUAGCGGCAAUAACUCGGCUUCCCCGGAUUUCUUCCCUGGAGCUGGAGCUCUGGACCUCUUCCCCAUAGCUUGGACCAUGGAUGUGGGUUCGGUCGUCGAUGGCCUCCUCCUGGUACUUGGUGCGCUUUUCUUUCUCUUGAAGCGACUGGUAUUUUAUCUGUUGUAUAUCCUCCACUUCCUAGCCUCCCCGUUGCUUUAUCUGGGGCAUGGGCUUCUCUCGAUAGCGUUGCUUCCGCUUCGCCUCCUAGCCAAGUUCGAGGCAAUUCUUUAUUUCACGGCCGGAGCGGUGCUCACAGGAGUCAUUGCAGGUCUGACCCUCUAUUAUAUGGGUGAUACCUUAUCGCAGGUUCUGCGACUGCCGUCCACGUCCUCCGAGCCCGCUCGCGACUUAAUAGAGCAAGAUGACUCACCAUUUGAUUGGGAGACCAAGUGGCGUGACAAUUACCAGUCCUCGACCAUCUUGGAAGAAGACGAGUACAGCCAGAGCUCCAAGGAUUAA